AUGAUUACUUCUGGGAUGAAUUUGGUGAUGACAGUGAUUGGAUUCGCUAUGAGCACUAUGUUCAUAGUUUUUGUUUGCACCCGUCUUGUCUGCGCUCGAAUUCACUUGAAUGCAGCUCGCCGCUCCUUCCCCGUUGCUUCCAGAUCCGAUCUCAACAUUUUGGAGAGAGGGUAUCACCGUGGCAUUGAGCCUGUAGUUGUGGCUAACUUCCCAACCAAGGAGUACAACAACGAGUUGUUCUCUGCCACCGAAGACGCGCAAUGCUCGAUUUGUCUUGCAGAAUAUCACCAGGGCGACGUCCUGCGCAUCCUUCCAUACUGCGGGCACUCCUUCCACGUCACCUGCAUCGACAUAUGGUUGCAGCAGCACUCCACGUGCCCCGUAUGUCGAAUAUCACUGCACGAGUUCGUCGAGAGAAAACGGGCAAUGCAGCAGCCGUUGUUCAGCUCAGCCAUCCGCUCCCAGGAUUGCAGGAUAGAGGUGGCCUUCGAAGUCCAUCCUCACAGCUGUUUGUAUACUGAACAUAGGUAUCCAUCGAACCACAACGACAGCAGCGGGGCAGAGUCAAACCACAACAACAACAACAACAACGAGAGCCACCGGUCCUCUGACUGCGAUGAAGCCAAAGCUGGGGAGACUCUGUCCCCAUUAGUAGAGGAAAACUGCGGAUCCAAGUACGUGGGAAGCAAGCAUGUAGAGAGCCCAUCAAAUCCUUGA